GCUCAAAACAAAUACAUUUAUAAUAUUUAUAUAUUUCACUGAACAUACAAAAUGAUUUUAGAAUACGUGCUGAAAUACCAUCUCCAAGAUUGUAUCAAUAUUCUUACGGAAGAGGACAUAUUAGCAUUCUAUAGUAUAAAAAUUGAUUUUUUAAAGCUGUUCGAGAUAUAUCCUGAUAUAGGCGAUAAAGUACUUUGUAGUCCAGUGGACAGUCUACUACAAUGCCAUGAAGACAUAAUAAAGGCGCAACAAUAUAUACUAGAACAAAGUGAGUACAAGUCUACCAUCGAAAAGUUACCUCAUUGCAUUAUGAAGAAAAACGUCCACGCUCGUAUUUUUGGACUACCUGUUUGCCCUGAGCUCCAUCGGACAAUAUUUCCGAAAAAUGUAGACUUGGGUUGCUUUUUAAAAGUUACUGGGACAAUUGUAAGAGUAACUCAAGCUAAAAUGUUGGAAUAUCAACGCAAGUAUGUUUGUCUAAAAUGCAAGUUUGAGAACUGUGUGCAAGCAGAGUUUGAGCACAGGUAUGUUCUGAAAGCUCCUUCGAGAUGUGGCAAUGAUGAAGCCAGGUGCAAGAGCUCAACGUUCACACAAGUUAACUUAGUCUCCAGGGAGUACUGCAAAGAUUAUCAGGAAAUUAAAAUUCAAGAGCAAGUAAAUAAACUUGGCAUAGGCACUAUACCAGGCUCCAUGUGGGUUGUGCUGGAGGAUGACCUCGUAGACUCCUGCAAACCUGGAGAUGAUGUUCAUAUCUGCGGAACAGUGCGUCGCCGCUGGCGUCCCGCCGUCCAAGCCAAGCAGUCAGAGGUAGAAUUGGUACUAGAGGCUAACUACCUUGAGGUUUGCAAUGCCCAGAAGUCGGAGGUCCUAGCCGCCGCUCCUGAUGUCAAGGAGUGCUUUGAUGAGUUCUGGGCAAAGUAUGAAGCUUGUCCUCUGAAGGGCAGAGACCAGAUUUUAAAAUCAGUGUGUCCUCAGGUAUACGGCUUAUAUUCAGUAAAGCUGGCCUUACUGCUGACCGUGCUCACGGGCGCGGGCGCGGCGGCUGCGGAAGCGGGGGCGGAGGCGAAGAGCGGCGCGGGAGACGACACCAUCACGCGCGUGCGCGGUCAGUGCCAUCUGUUGCUGGUGGGAGACCCCGGUACGGGUAAAUCGCAGUUGCUCCGAGCGGGCGCUGCGCUGGCGGCGCGCGCCGUGCUGACGUCGGGCGCGGGCAGCACGCGCGCCGGCCUCACCUGCUCGGCGCUCAGGGAAGGGGGCGAGUGGCAGCUGGAGGCGGGCGCGCUGGUGCUGGCGGACGGGGGGGUGUGCUGCGUGGACGAGCUGGCGCAGCUGAGGCCGCACGACCGCGCCGCCGUGCACGAGGCCAUGGAGCAGCAGACCGUGUCCGUGGCCAAGGCGGGCAUCGUGUGCAAACUAAAUACGCGGUGCGCCGUGGUGGCGGCGUGCAACCCGCGCGGCCGCUACGAGCCCGCGGAGCCGCUGCACCACAACGUGGCGCUGGGGACCCCUCUGCUCAGCAGGUUUGACUUAAUUUUCAUCCUGUUAGACACAAAAAAUAAGGCUUGGGACAAGCUCGUCUCUUCGUAUAUAUUAUUUGGCGGCGCUCAGACCAUUGACAGCAAAAUACAAUGGAGUAUUGAAAAACUGCAGAUGUACAUCGGGCUCGUGGGAGGCGUUCGCACGGAGAUGACAGCGGCGGCCAACACGGUGCUGCGCGCCUACUACAUGUCGCAGCGACGCGCCGCCACGCGGGACCCCGCGCGCACCACCGUGCGCAUGCUCGACAGCCUCGUCAGGCUAUCCCAGGCGCACUGUCGGCUAAUGCGGCGCAGUUGCAUCCUGCCAGCGGACGCGGUGACGGCCGCGGCGCUGGUGGACCUGUCCAUGCGGGUCACCACCGACGCGCUGCACGACUCCUUCCACAACCGCCCCGACUACCACUACCUCCGCACCGCCCGCACGCUCCUCACCAAACUAAACCUCCACGAAAUCUGGCAAAACGAACUCUUGUCCUACGCGAAACUGCUCCAGGUCGAUCGUCAAACUCUAGAACGCGAUAUAGAAAACAAAAGCUCGAAACUCUUCGAGAAAUUCGACGACGUCUCCGAUGACAAUAUCCCGCUGUCCUCAACUUUAGUCACGAGCUCGUAUUUUAAAAAGAAAAACGACGACGAAACGAAAUCCACAUUUGUUAAUAACGAUGACAAUCGACCCGUAUUCGAUAGUAGGGAUAACGUGAAUGAAAAGUUUGCAGCGACUUUGAAGAAACAUGCGACGCUUAAUAAACUUGAAAGAAAACCACCUCUAGUACAGAAAUCAAGGAAAAGGAAGCGGAAAGAAAAUUUAGAAAAUCAAAAAUUUGGUAAAAAGAAAAGCGAUAAAUCUGUAAAAAAUCAUGUUCUUGAUAGUAUUUCUGAGAGCGAUUCAGAAGAACAAAAUACCACCGUUAAUUUGAAUGGUGUCCCCAGUGUAAAUGAUAUUUUUAAUGAAAUUGGUAUAGAUUUUGACUUUAAUGAUAGUGGAAAAAGUAAUGCAGUAAUAGAAAAUAGUAAUAUUUCAGCAGAUGAGAAAGCAGAGCCAAGCGAGGCAGAUGUAGAUAUUAAAGUAAUAAAGAAUGAAAAAGACAAAUCAAAUAAAUCAUUUGUCGAAAACAAAGAGAGUGAUAAAGAUCCUGUCAGUACACCAAGUCCUAAUACUUCGUCAAAUACUCUCAGCAAGUUAAGACAAUUCCAGUGUGUGGAUAAACAUGAUAUUAGUAAAUAUGAAGAAAAAGUAAACACAAGCAUAGUACACAAAGAAAGUGAAGUAGUUGUUAAAUUGGAGAAUGUGUCUGAUUCAAUACAUAACUCAAGUUAUGCAAGUAAGAAAUCUGUUACGAGUUCUCAAAUGUCUAUAUUUGAAAGUUCGGAUUGUGAUAUAGAUUUAGAUAUAUAGGUAAAUAAAAAUAAAUCAUGUA